UCUGCUCUAUGCACUUCAUUCACAAAUAAAACAUAAAAAAAUGAAGAGUCACUACACAAAGACCGUUUCUGCUGUAUUUCUCUUGUUUUGUCUCUUCAUCACGUCUGGCUCUUCAAGUUCCUUCAUACGGCAAGUCACUGAUGACUUCAACACAAACUUGCAACUUGAGGAUGGAGAUGGACCAGACCCAAUCCAGGGAGAAGCUCAUUACUUGCCUAAACAUGUUCAAGAUGGAGAUGAACCAGAUCCAGUCCAGGGAGAAGAGCAUUACUUACAUAAUCAUGACCAAGAGAUCUCCUCACGUGACUAUAAAGUCUCAGCUUCAAACGCAGUAGUGAAGGGUCUCAGAAGUCGUCCUCCAUCUUCUUACUCUCUAAAGAUGGAGUCGUUCAACACCCUACUUAAGUCAAAAUACUCAGAGAGAUAUGUAUCUCGUCCUUUCUCGGCCGCUGGCUAUAACUGGACACUUGUUGUGUACCCGAACGGGAACAAGAAUGAUAAAGGUUCAGGGUACCUCUCACUUUACGCAGCCAUAGACAACUCCACUCUCGCUCCACAUGAAGAAGUUUACGUUGAUCUCAGGUUUUACGUCUUCAACAAGAAAGAGAAGAAGUACUUUACCAUCCAAGAUACCGAUGUAUGGAGAUAUAAUAUCUUCAAAACGAUGUGGGGGUUCUCUCAGGUUCUCCCUGGUUAUACAUUUAAAAGUCCCUAUAAUGGAUACCUCUACGAUGGAGAUCACUGCGAGUUUGGUGUUGAUGUGACCAUUCCCACUGUCUUUCAAACAUCAGAACUUUUCACUGUUGCUAACAAUUUCAAAACCCCGACAUUCACCUGGAGACUUCUGAAGUUCUCCACGUUGCUCGGAGAUACUUACUUCUCUGAUGUGUUCUCCAUUGGAGGAAGACGUUGGAAUAUACAAGUGAAUCCAAGUGGUCGUGACAAGGGAAAGGGAAAAGCUUUGUCCAUGUAUCUUAUAGUUAAUCCUAACGAGGAACUCAGACCCUAUGAGAGAAUUUAUGUUCGAGCCAAGCUUCGAGUUCUUAACAAAUUCAAAUUCAGAAACGUCGAAAGGCAAAUUGACAAUUGGUUCAGUCAUCGGGAAACUGGACGUGCAUAUGGUUGGGGUUCUAGUGAAUUUGUCACUCUCUCCGAUUUCAGAGAUUCAUCAAAGGGGUUCCUUGUUGAUGAUAAGUUGACUGUUCAAGUCGUGAUUGAAGCUGUUUCUACAACCAAGUACUUUCCUAGUUAAGACUUAAGAGUGUCUCUAACCACGUACGGACCUGCAACUACAUGUGCUUGCUUUGUUAUCAACCACCCACCUAAGUAAUAAUAAGUCAAUUAAUAUUCAAAAGAAUAAUACUCGUGAUAAAAAGUCAGUGUAUGCGUUUCAAUAAAUGAGUUUGUAUUAAUAAGUCA